GAAGGGGAGAUGCCGGACGCCGCCGCCCACCUGCCCUUCUACUACGGCAGCAUCGCGCGCGCGGAGGCCGAGGAGCACCUGAAGCUGGCGGGGAUGGCGGACGGGCUGUUCCUGCUGCGGCAGUGCCUGCGCAGCCUGGGCGGCUACGUGCUGUCCAUGGUGUGCGACCUGCAGUUCUACCACUACCCCAUCGAGCGCCAGCUCAACGGCACCUACGCCAUCCUGGGGGGCAAGGCGCACUGCGGCCCCGAGGAGCUCUGCGAGUUCUACUCCAAGGAUGCCGACGGGCUCUGCUGCCCCCUGCGCAAGCCCUGCAAUCGCCCCAGCGGGGUGGAGCCCCAGCCCGGCGUCUUUGACAGCAUGAGGGACAACAUGGUGCGGGAAUACGUGCGGCAGACCUGGAAACUGGAGGGGGAUGCCCUGGAACAGGCCAUCAUCAGCCAGGCUCCCCAGGUGGAGAAGCUCGUGGCCACCACAGCCCAUGAGAGGAUGCCCUGGUACCACGGCAACAUCAGCCGGGAGGAGGCGGAACGGAGGCUCUACUCGGGGGCACAGCCUGACGGGAAAUUCCUGCUGAGAGAAAAGAAGGAGAACCGUGCCUACGCCCUGUCCCUGGUCUAUGGCAAGACCGUGUAUCACUACCGGGUGGAUCACGAUAAAUCUGGGAAAUAUUCCAUUCCUGAGGGCACCAAAUUCGACACACUCUGGCAGUUGGUGGAGUACUUAAAACUCAAACCAGAUGGGCUGAUUUUCUACCUGAGGGAAGCCUGCCCCAACCCCAACAUGCCAGCCUCUGCAGCACCAGCUCCACCCACCCACCCCUCCGUGAGUAGAAACCUGGGCCCUCUCAAUGCAGAUGGAUACACCCCAGACCCUGUUGGGGCAGGAAAAUCCCGCCUGCUGCCCAUGGAUACCAGCGUCUAUGAGAGCCCCUACAGCGACCCCGAGGAGCUGAAGGACAAGAAGCUGUUCCUGAAGAGGGAUCACCUGAUGAUUGAUGAGGUGGAGCUGGGUGCAGGAAACUUUGGCUGUGUCAAGAAGGGAGUUUACAAAAUGAGGAAGAAGCAGAUCGACGUGGCCAUCAAGGUGCUGAAGAGCAACAACGAGAAGACAGUGAAGGAUGAGAUGAUGAAGGAAGCACAGAUCAUGCACCAGCUGGACAACCCCUACAUUGUGAGAAUGAUUGGGGUGUGCGAGGCCGAGUCGCUGAUGCUCGUGAUGGAGAUGGCUUCUGGAGGGCCCCUCAACAGGUUCUUGGCUUCCAAGAAGGAUGAGAUUACAACGAGCAACAUCGUGGAGCUGAUGCACCAGGUGUCCAUGGGCAUGAAGUACCUGGAGGAGAAGAACUUUGUCCACAGGGACCUGGCAGCCAGGAAUGUCCUGCUGGUCAACCAGCACUAUGCCAAGAUCAGUGACUUUGGGCUGUCCAAGGCUCUGGGAGCUGAUGACAGCUACUACAAGGCCAGGACAGCAGGGAAGUGGCCCUUGAAGUGGUACGCCCCUGAGUGCAUCCUCUUCCACAAGUUCUCCAGCAAGAGCGAUGUCUGGAGCUACGGUGUGACCAUGUGGGAGGCCUUCAGCUUCGGGCAGAAACCCUACAAGAAAAUGAAGGGCCCCGAGGUGACCAGCUUCAUAGAGCAGGGCAAGCGCAUGGACUGUCCCCAGGAGUGCCCAGCAGAGAUGUACUCCCUGAUGCAGCAGUGCUGGACAUACAGAUGGGAAGAACGUCCAGGAUUUGUGGCUGUGGAAAACACCAUCCGCUCCUACUACUACAGCAUUGCUGCCAAGCCUGCAAAUGGGCCAGACGCAGGGGACAGGCCUAAAGCAGCUCUUCCUUGAGACUCCUUCUCUGCUCCUCCACCUGCCCUGAAUGGACCUGGAAAGGCUCUUUGUGAAGUUUUGCUUUAAUCUCUCAAACUCUCCUCAGCACUGAGGAUGAGGAGGACGUUGGUGUCCCCACGGACAGGGACACCUGGCUGUGCCCCCCAGCUCCUCCAGCCUGACCCAGCCCAGGAGCACAGACUGUCAGAGUCCUUCCCACCCAGUUCCAAAGCUGUCCCAACACCCCAGAGCUUUGCACCUCCCAGUCUCACUGAGGAUGAACUGUGUUGGCUCCAGAAAAUCUGGAUUUUUCCAGAUGCCUUAACAAACAAUGCUUUCCCAGGAAGCCACCAAGUGCACGUUGGGGUUUGCACAGGGUGGGACACAGCACAGGGAGCCACCUGUGGUGGCCUUUUCCCUUUGAAUUAGGGCAAGAAGCAUCUGGUUUGCAGCUGGGAUGGGGAGGAGCAGUGGGACAGAGCUGAUCCCAGUGGUUUGUACCCCUGCAACCCUGGCCAGCACAGAGCAGGUGUCAUCCAGCCCUCCAAGGUGGCUCCCAAACAAUUCCAGGACCAAUCCCUCAGCUCCUGGAUCCCACCUGGCCCCUCUGUGCUGAUAAAGUGUUGUUUUCAAGCUUAAAAACUGGUCACCCUAUAAAUAAACUAUUCCAUGUUCUGAACAUUCCAUGGCUCGGAUCACUGAACUUUGAGAAAUGCUGGCAAUGCUUCAGGCUUGUUACGAAAAACCCCCAAACCCAUUGGGAUAACAGAACCCUCCAAUGCUGCAUUUUUAGUGUUAGAAAAUUGCUUUAUUCUCAGCUCUGGGUGUGGAUGGGGCUGACAAAAUCCCAGCCUCCACACAGCCCCCGAUCCAAAACCUCCUCACCUUUUUAUACAUUUUUAGCAAACAAAGCAGUGAAUGUUCAUUGCAGCAUAUCAAGGUUAGCUCAACAAACUU